AUGGUUUGGCAGGAAGCUGGAACACCGGAGACCCCAGAAUAUUCUACAUUAGAGUUACAUAAAAGCACAAGUUGGGACUUGAGCAAAAAUGAUUUUGCCUGUCAGCUGCUUCCUGUAAAUACAUCCUGUGGGAAGUUCCUCAGUCAGUCUGCCAGGCUGGAAAGGAGAGAAGACAUUCUCGGUCUGGCUUCCCUUUGUCCUUCGAUGCUUCUACAUCAAGGUCUCACCCGGCCGGUAGCAGCUGACUCCACUUUGCACACCUGCAAGACCAGCACUUCACACCAACAGCAGCCCAGCAGCACUCUCCUGGGACCCUCCUCCAAAUACCCACAUUCUCAUAAAGCCAACUACCUUUCCAGGUGGGCGCUGGAUAGAAAUGCCAAUGGCGCCAUCCCAGAUGGCUUCAUCCUCUUGGGCUUCUCAGAUAACCCCAGGCUAGAAAUGACCCUAUUUGUAGCUGUGUCUGUCUUUUACACAGUAACCCUCAUGGGCAACACCACCAUCAUACUCCUGUCUCACCUAGACCCUCACCUGCACACCCCCAAGUACUUCUUCCUCACCCACCUCUCCAUCCUGGACCUCUGCUUUGCCACCAGCUGCAUCCCCCAGAUGCUGGUCAAUUUCUGGGGCUCAGACAAGACCAUCAGCUACCUGGGAUGUGCAGUCCAGCUUUACAUCUUCCUGGGACUCGGAGCUGCAGAGUGUGUCCUGCUGCUGGUCAUGGCCUUUGAUCACUAUGUGGCAGUGUGUCGACCCCUGCACUAUGCAGUAAUCAUGUGCCCAAGCCUGUGUCACAAGCUGGCAUUCCUGGUCUGGGCAAGUGGAAUUUUUGGCACCUUGGUACAGUCUCCCACCACCAUGAAACUCCCCUUUUGCCACCACCACCAGUUUGAUGACUUUGUCUGUGAGGUCCCUGCACUGAUCCGUCUGGCCUGCGGAGACACGUAUGUCAAUGAGCACCAGAUUUCAGUGAUUGGUGCCAUCUUCUUGAUGGGGCCUCUUCUGCUCAUCCUUGUCUCCUAUGGCCACAUCGCCCAGGCGGUGCUGGCCAUCCAGUCCCAGCAGGGCAGAACCAAGGCCUUCCGCACCUGCUCUUCCCACCUGGCCGUUGUCUUUCUCUUCUACUGCAGUGUCACUGCUGUCUACAUCCAACCCUGGAGUCACUUUUCCCAGAAGGGAGGCAAGUUCCUAACUCUUUUCUACACUGUGGUGACUCCCACUCUCAACCCCCUCGUCUACACUUUGAGGAACAAGGACAUAAAGGGAGCUUUCAAGAGGCUCUUAUGGAAAGACAGAAUGGCCAGUGAAGAGUGA